UUCAUCCUUUAGCCAUGAUGAUGGUUCCCAGAAUAUUAUUUUCUUUACUUCAGUUUUUCACUCUCUUAUAUUUGUUGGCAGUUUCUUUUGCUUCUACUGAGGAAGCACCUGCUCUCCUCAAAUGGAAAGCGACUUUCCAAAACCAGAAUAAUUCCUUAUUGGCUUCAUGGACACUAAUUGCCAAGAAUUCUUCUAGCAUUGGAGGGGCGAGUUCUGAUGCAUGCAUGGAUUGGUAUGGAGUUAUAUGUGUUAAUGGCAGGGUAAACAGGUUGAAUAUUACAAAUGCUGGUAUUAUUGGUACACUCUAUGAUUUUUCAUUUUCAUCUCUCUCUUAUCUUGAAUAUGUUGAUCUUAGCAUAAACCAGUUCUCUGGCACCAUCCCUCUUGAAGUGGGAAAGCUCACUAAUCUUGUCUAUCUUGACUUGUCCAUGAAUCAGAUUUCAGGAAUAAUCCCACCACGAAUCAGCUCACUAGCCAAGCUUCAGACCCGCUCCAUCUUUGACAACCAUUUAAAUGGUCCCAUUCCUGCAGAAAUAGGGAAGAUGACGUCGCUUGAGAAUUUAAGCUUACAUAUGAACAAUCUUUCUGGCCCAAUUCCAAAAACUAUUGGUGACUUAAGUGAGCUCAAAAUUUUGUACCUUUUUUCUAACCAACUUUCUGGUCCCAUUUCUACAGAGUUGGGGAAUCUGAAAAACCUCAAUGGUCUAAAAUUAUCCGAUAAUCAGUUUACUGGUUCAAUUCCAGUUACGGUAUGUGACUUAAGUGAGCUCAAGACUCUAUACCUUCAUUCAAACCAACUUUCUGGUCCCAUUCCUACAGAGCUGGAGAAUCUGAAAAACCUCACAGAUCUGCAAUUAUCCUAUAAUCAGCUUACUGGUUCAAUUCCAAUUAUACUAAGUGGCAUAAGUAAGCUCAAGACUCUGUACCUUUUUUCUAACCAACUUUCUGGUCCCAUUCCUACACAGUUGGGGAAUUUGAAAAACCUCAUUGAUCUGGCAUUAUACCAAAAUCAGCUUACUGGUUUAAUUCCAACUACUCUAGGUGACAUAAUUAAGCUCAAGACUCUAUACCUUUAUUCUAACCAACUUUCUGGUCCUAUUCCUAUGGAGCUUGGGAAUCUGAAAAACCUCACAGAUCUAGAUUUAUCUGAUAAUCAGUUUACUGAUUCAAUUCCAAAAACUAUUGAUGACUUAAGUGAGCUCAAAAUUCUGUACCUUAUUUCUAACCAACUUUCUAGUCCCAUUCCUACAGAGCUGGGGAAUCUGAAAAACCUCACUGGUCUAGAUUUAUCUGAUAAUUAUUUUACGGGUUCAAUUCCAAUUACGGUGGGUGACUUAAGUGAGCUCAAAAUUCUGUACCUUUUUUCUAACCAACUUUCUGGUCCCAUUCCAAUAGAGUUGGGGAAUCUGAAAAACCUCAUUGAUCUGGCAUUAUACGAAAAUCAGCUUACUGGUUUAAUUCUAACUAUUCUAGGUGACAUAACUGAGCUCAAGACUCUAUACCUUUAUUCUAACCAACUUUCUGGUCCUAUUCCUACAGAGCCGGGGAAUCUGAAAAAGCUCACAGAUCUAGAUUUAUCUGAUAAUCAGUUUACUGGUUCAAUUCCAAAAACUAUUGGUGACUUAAGUGAGCUUAAAAUUCUGUACCUUUUUUCUAACCAAAUUUCUGGUCCCAUUCCUACAGAGCUGGGGAAUCUGAAAAACCUCACUGGUCUAGAUUUAUCUGAUAAUCAUUUUACGGGUUCAAUUCCAAUUACGGUGGGUGACUUAAGUGAGCUCAAAAUUCUGUACCUUUUUUCUAACCAACUUUCUGGUCCCAUUCCAACAGAGUUGGGGAAUCUGAAAAACCUUACUGAUCUGCAAUUAUCCUAUAAUCAGCUUACUGGUUCAAUUCCAAUUACAGUAAGUGACAUAAGUAAGCUCAAGACACUCCACCUUUUUUCUAACCAACUUUCUGGUCCCAUUCCUACAGAGUUGAGGAAUUUGAAAAACCUCAUUGAUCUGACAUUAUACCAAAAUCAGCUUACUGGUUUAAUUCCAACUACUCUAGGUGACAUAACUGAGCUCAAGACUCUAUACCUUUAUUCUAACCAACUUUCUGGUCCUAUUCCUACGGAGCUGGGGAAUCUGAAAAACCUCACAAAUCUAAAUUUAUCUGAUAAUCAGUUUACUGGUUCAAUUUCAAAAACUAUUGGUGACUUAAGUGAGCUCAAAACUCUAUACCUUUUUUCUAACCAACUUUCUGGUCUCAUUCCUACAGAGUUGGGGAAUCUGAAAAACCUCACUGGUCUAAACUUAUCCGAUAAUCAGCUUAAUGGUUCAAUUCCAGUUACGGUAUGUGACUUAAGUAAGCUCAAGACUAUGUACCUUCAUUCAAACCAACUUUCUGGUCCCAUUCCUACCGAGUUGGGGAAUCUGAAAAAUCUCAAUGAUCUAGAUUUAUCUGUUAAUCAGAUUACUGGUCCAAUUCCUGUUUCAUUUGGCAAUUUGAGAAACUUGCAAAGACUGAGAUUUUGCGCCAACAAACUUUCUGGUUCCAUUCCAAAAGAACUUGCAUAUUUGGAUAACUUGGUUAUGUUGUCAAUGACUGAAAAUCAGUUUUCAGGCCACUUGCCAGAGCAUUUUUGCAAAGUGGAAAACUUGUGAACUUCACGGUGAAUAGUAACAAGCUGACGGGUCCAAUACCAAGAAGCUUGAGCAAGUGCUCGAGUCUCAGAAGAGUUCGUUUUGAUAACAAUAGUUUCACUGGGAAUUUAUCGGAAGCUUUUGGUAUCUAUCCAGAGCUUCAGUUCAUUGAUUUGAGCGACAACGAUUUUUAUGGUGAACUUAGCAGCAACUGGGGCAAAUGCAAGAAUUUGGCAAAUUUGCAGAUAGCCAGAAAUAACAUUAGUGGUAGCAUACCACCAGAGAUUGGAAACGUCAAAGGGCUUCUAGGACUUGAUCUUUCAUCUAAUUAUUUGGUUGGGCAGAUUCCAAAAGAAUUUGGAAAAUUGGCCUCUCUAGUUAAACUUUUUAUGCAGAACAAUCACAUUUCUGGCAAUAUUCCGAGUGAACUUGGGUCACUGACAAAGUUAGAGUCCCUUGAUCUGUCAGAUAAUAGAUUGAACGGGUCGAUCCCAACAUUUAUAGGAGAUUAUAUGAACAUGUUUCUCUUGAACCUGAGCAACAACAAAUUUGGCCAGAAAAUUCCAAAGGAGAUAGUGAGGAUAACUCACCUUAGUGUACUUAAUUUGAGCCAUAACCGUCUAGAUGGAGAAAUACCCUCUCAGUUAGCCAGUUUGCUGGACUUGGAAAAGUUGAAUCUUUCUCACAAUGGCCUCUCUGGCCGCAUUCCUGAAGAAUUUGAAAGUAUGACUGGUUUGCGGGAUGUUGUCUUUUCAUACAAUGAGUUGGAAGGUCCAAUACCAAAUAAUAAAGCUUUUAUGAAUGCUUCAUUAGAAGGUAAUAAAGGUCUUUGCGGCAAUGUAACAGGAUUUCAGCCUUGCGAAAGGCCAUCUUCGACGGUGAAGAAGCACUUAAGAAGAAAACUCAUCCUCGCCACUGUACUUCCUGUUAUGGGAGCACUAGUACUUCUCUGUGCUUUUACUGGUGUUCUUAUGUGUGAUAAAGGAGGAAAGUUAAAGAUGUUGAAAGAAAGGAUGAUGGUUUGUUUUCGAUAUCCUUGUUAGAUGGAAAGGCAUUGUACAUGGAUAUCUUAAACGCCACAGAGGAGUUUGAUGCAACAUUUUGCAUCGGGCAAGGAGGGCAGGGAAGUGUUUACACGGUAAACCUUCCAUCAUUAGGGAGUAUAGCUGUGAAGAGAUUUCAUUCUUUAUUUGCGAAUACACAUUGCAAAAGCUUCACGAAUGAAGUAAAUGCAUUGAUUGGGAUUAAGCAUCGGAACAUUGUGAAACUCUUUGGCUUUUGUUCGAAUGCACAACACUCGUUCUUGGUUUACGAGUAUGUGGAGAGGGGGAGUCUGUUUAGUAUCUUGAGCAAUGAAAUUGAGUCCAAGAAUUUGGAUUGGCUAAAAAGGGUGAAUAUCAUCAAAGGUGUUUCUUUUGCUUUAUCUUAUCUGCACCAGGAUUGCUCACCACCGAUUGUUCAUCGAGACAUAUCAAGCAGUAAUGUUUUGCUUGAUUCCGAGUAUGAAGCUCGUGUUUCAGAUUUUGGAAUAGCCAAGCUUCUCAAGCCAGACUCGUCCAAUUAUUGCACAACGCUUGCAGGCACAUAUGGCUAUGUUGCACCUGAGCUUGCAUAUACAAUGAAGGUUACAGAAAUGUGUGAUGUGUAUAGCUUUGGAGUAUUAGCAUUGGAGAUAAUCAAAGGAAGUCAUCUUGGGGAAUACAUUACUCUGCUAGCAAAUUCAUCGACUAGAGAUCAUAUGCAGCUUAGCGAUUUGCUGGAUGGACGCCUUCCAUAUCCUGAUGAUAGAGUAAAAGAGGUUUUGGUUUUUAUCAUCAAUCUAGCAAGCUCUUGUUUGGUUGAAACUCCGAAAUCGAGGCCAACAAUGCACUUCAUCGCUCAUAAGUUAUCAUCAAUGGAUUCACGCCCAUGUACUCAUCAUAGAUAAAACCCCCAUGUAAGGCGAGCUAUAUAAUCCCUGAUCUGUAAGGUGUCGUUUUAUGGAAAUGAAUAAUAAGCUUUGACACCAAGGUGGUUGUGAAGUAAGUAAUUUAAUGAGAAGGUCCACAAAAAAAAAAUACUACUGGGACUAGUAUUCUAGUAUUGUUAGGAUGCUUAUCUGGUUUGUAUUAGAGUGUAUACAAUAUAAUGUAUAAGGUAAUUAUUUAAUUUCUUGUGCCAAAAACUAAUAAAAACAAGUUUCAUGUUUGCUAA